AGAAGCCUUCUCUGAAAGUAAGUAGACCUUUAUCUAGUAUUUGCUAGUGUUUGAAUUACAAUCACUAAUACCUAUGUCUUGAUUGCACCAUUUUUCCUAUCAGAAACGAUCAACUGAAGAUGUUUCUAAACCUUCAUUGGAUUCUUUGCCCACUUCAAGUGGAAAGCAGGGUCUAACUGAUUCUAGUGGUGCAAAACCUUCAUCGGAUUGCCCUUUGCCCACUUCAAGUAAAGAGCAGCGCCUAACUGAAUCGAGUGGUGCUAAACCUUCAUCUGAUUGCCCUUUGCCCACUUUACGUGGACAGGAUGAGGAUGUUACUGAAUCUAGUAUUACUAAACCUUCGAUAGUUUGCCUGCCCUCCUCUUCAAAUGGUCAGGGUCUGGGCAGAGCGACUGGUCUUGGUUAUCGGCCAGACCUGUUCCAUCGAUCUUUGGUGGUAAGGGCCACAGAUAUUAGUAAUCUAUUCAGUGGAAUUAAAAGUUGUCUUCUGCUAAUCUUUAUUUUAUGUUUUAGGCAUAUGGUUCCUCUGAUUCUUCUGAUUCUGAUUCUGUAAACCAUAGUAACAAGAAACCUGAUUCAACUCCCGCAGAGGAAGUGUCUUCUUCACUUGUAAUGCGGUGGUCCAAAAUGUUUCCUUUGAAUAACCAGACUGACAGUAAUCUCCCUGCUAAUACCGCAACCAGCCCUAAACUUAAGCGGCCUGCUCCAGCGGUUCAUUCAAAGGUAGACCUAAAGUCUUGCAGCACAUACCGGCAGAGUUUAUUUGCUCAGAAGCCCCAAGAUGAUGGUGGCUUGUCACCACCAGUUUCAUUGACUGAAAGUUUACCAGACCUGAGAAAUACAGCUGCCAAAGGAAAAGACUCCAAUGUUUCAUCAUCAACAGCAGCAUCGAGUGACACAGUAUCAGAUAAUGUAAGAGAACUGGAGUGAUGGUCUCCAAUCAAUUGGGAAGAAACAAACAUGAUCUAAUUAUUUUGUCUUUCUUUCCCUUUGUGCAGGAUUGCUUUGAUUCUUCUUUUGAGUAUGCAUCAGAAGAUAGCGAUGAAUCCAAUAAGAGCAGCAAUGGAUCAAAAGUAAAGGUUCAGAAGUCUAAAAAAGAACCUUUAAGUGGAUUGGUGUCGCUGGGCAGGAAGAAAAAGAAGCAAAAGUUAGAAACUGUAAGGGGCACUACUUUCCUAGUUUUGAACUGUAAUUGGCAUUCUAUUUGUAAUCCUACAAUUUAUUUCUCAAAAUCAGCAACUCCAAGGACUUCCUAGAAAAUCUUUUCUAUUGCCCAGCAUUACUAAUUUAAUAUCACAACCAAAUAUGCAUGUGCAGAAACAGUCUGAUGUUGCCCAAGGAUCAAGUUCAAAAUUUAAGCGACACAACUUGCCAGAACUCAAACAAUCAGACAAUUUUGAGGACUUGAAUAAAAAACAAGACGGAUCAAAAAUCAAGAGGGUCCCUCUGUCAAGUGACUCUGCUUUGACCAGGAAAGUAAAAGAGCAUCAGAAGAUUGGAAAGCUUACUAAUUUCAACAGUAGGUCUCAGAGCCCUAUCUCAGCUGGUCUGGUCACUCAUUCUCUCUAUGACGAUGAUACUCCAUUUCCAAACUCUCAUCAGGAUUAUUCAGAUGCACCAGGUACUACAGCUGAACCUGCUUUCCUUAAAGCUCUGUCAAAACCAAACCUGCACAGAUCAGUGAAAUCCAAGACACAUUUGGAUGAACGUGGUGGCACUAGAGGGGAAACUUCCCAAGAAUCAAGCCCAACUAGAACACCUUCCAAUUCAAAGGGUCAUUCUUUUUCAGAACCGGAACAAGUAGAUCAUUUUGAGUACUCAAGCAAAAACAGAGACAGGUCAAAAGAUAAAAGAGUCUUUCUGCCGAGUGGCUCUGCUUUGACCAGGGAAGCAAGAGAGAAUCAGAAGAUUGGAAAGAAUAUCAAUUUAAAUCGUGGGUCUGAGAGCUCCUCGUCUGAGUCUGAUCUUGUGCUCACACCUCCUCAACGUAACCAGGAAGUUAUUUCAACUCCAAUCUCUCCUCAGGGACAUUUCUAUUCACCUGGCACUAGAAGGGAAUCUUUAGGUAAAGUUCAGCAGUCAAAAUCAAGAGCACCAUCUAAAUCAAAGGAACUUGAGUCCUCAGAACUGGCUGCAUUUUCCCUAACAAGUCCUGACCUGCCUAAAUUUGAUGUGAAGGAAAUUCUUAAAGAUAAGUUGUCAAAACUGGAAAAGAAUCGUGGACGUAUUGUUUGGACCAACUUAGAGUCUGGUCGUCCACUCACCAAGCAGCAAAGGAAAAUUAUGGUCAGGGUUCUGGUGAGAUGGCUGUACAUGAACCAUGCAAGUACUCCAAAAUCAGUUACAUCUGACAUGAAAGAAGGGCUUGCAAAGUCAAUUGUUACUGAUUACCCGAAUUUGCAAUGUCAAAGCCUUAGUAGUGAGAAUCUUUCACCCUGGUCACAUUAUUACAACAGAGGCGCUAACACAGGGUGGAUUCCCAAUUCUGCUAGGCACAUUCAAAAAAGAAACAGGUCAAGAAAAACCACCAAAAAAGUUGUAGAGGAGGAGCAAGAAAAUUCCUCUGAGUAUGGGUCUGAUCAGAUUGAGGCACUAGGCCAGGUCCUCGUUAAUUUAAGGACCAAGCAGGAUAUUUUCAGGGGUAUGCAGGCUUGUUUUAAAACAAGAAAGGUGGAAAGAAAGAGAGGGGAAACCAUUGACUUCUUUCUGAACAAGUACCCCCAUUUUAAACAUUUUGAUGGUGAAGUAAUUUUUCAAGAAUAUUCAAUGAUGUUUUCCGAAGCACGAGACUUGCAAAGGCCAUUUGCCUCCAAAUUAGAUAAAAUCUUGGCAUUGGAGCCAGUGCGAAGAAUGGACCUUAAAUAUGAUGAUGAUAUUUUGAGAGCGCUGAUACUGCUGUCCCAUCAGCUGCCACAUGAUAUCCCUCUUCCCAAGGAGAAAUUUGACUACUCCUGGGCACGGGAGGAAGAUUUAUUUGUUAUUUUGGAACCCAAUGACAACAUCACCGAUUAUGUCAUAGAGAGAAUGCGAAACUCAGCUAAAGCUAUCCAGCCCUAUUCGAUCCUUGUUCAGAGCUCCAUCGACAAGAAAAUUACAUCUUCGUUCAUUGUACUUGAUUCCAAGGAGCUUGAGAUCCAAUGUCCUAGACAGAGGCCCCUGCUUCAUGCACUUUCUGUAUUGAUGCAAUGCUACUGUGUAUUCAAUGUACUCCAUCCAUUUGGAUGGCGCAACACCUUACAUUUUGUACAACAUUACUUUAUGAACAUCAGAGAGAAACAAUAUCACAGAUCUUCAAGGGGAGGAGAAUAUACUUCUUCUUCAGAAAUGGAGCUGUGGGAAAGAUUACAGUAAUUGUUUAAUUGUCAUUAUUGCUUUGCAUUUUUAAUUCUUCUGAGAAGUACAGUAAUUAAUUGUUGAUUUUGUCAAUAUUGUUCUGUUUUUUUAUUUCUACUGAAAAGAUGAAGUUUUGCUUUUACUCAAGACGAUAUAGUCCAUUGCUGUGCUUUCUUAGUUCUCUUUCUUCAGAUAUGAAGCCGUGGGAGAAAUUACAGUAUUUGUUGAUUUUGUCACUAUUGUUUUUUAUUUUUAUGUGCUCUCAAAAGCACAGUAUUUGUUGAUUCUGUCACUAUUGUUUUUUGUUUUUAUGUGUUCUCAAAAGUACAGCAUUUGUUGAUUCUGUCACUAUUGUUUUUUAUUUUUAUGUGUUCUCAAAAGUACAGAACUUGCUGAUUUUGUCAUUGUUUUGUAUUUUUAUUUCUACUGACAUAAAUAAGUUUUACUUUUUA